AUGGUGGCUCUCGCUAGGCUUCCCACCAGGGAUCGGCUUGCUUCGUGGGGCAUGAACGUUCCAACGCAGUGUGUUCUUUGUCUCUCCGGAACAGAGUCUCAUUCUCAUCUUUUCUUUCAAUGCCCUUUUGUUGCAGCAAUUUGGGCUAAGUUCUCUGCCAGUCCAGUUCUGCUUGCUCCAGUCUCUAUCCAAGCGCUUGCUGGUGUUAUUGCUCAUCCCCACCUCGCUGGAGUCGCUGGUAUGGAUGCUGUGCUGAAGCUUAUAUUGCAGGUAAUUGUGUAUUGCAUCUGGCGGGAGCGUAACGUGCGCAUCUUCCAGCAAGUCUCUACAUCAGUUGCUGAAGUCUUCCCUCGGGUGGAUCGUCUCAUCAAGGAUCGCCUGCUUGCCAUCAGUCGUCACGCCCAACCUCCGCCAUCGCCUUCGCUGCUCCUGCUCUAUCUCUCUUUGUUGCCCGCGGGCCUGUAA